AUGUUGACGCUUUCAUCAAACGAAUCGAAAAUGGCGCCAAAUGCCGAGGAGGAUCUUUUGGUAACGAUACCACGUAACAAUGGCCCACACUCCACCAAGCAGCGGCAAAGGCCGCCCACGUACAACGCGGAGGACUACGCGAUAACUUUGCGCCGUUGGGGCAGGCGAGCCCUUGGUGGCAAAUCUUUGGAUACCAGCAACGGCCAGAGCACCUUGCCAUCGUCAUGCACGAGUUUGAGCUCCGGCUACGCUUCGACCAACCCGGGCGAGAUGACUCUAAGGCAGUUCACCUCCGUCACCGAGCUCCUGAACAAACUACGCGCUGACCUUCGCCUCGCUUUUCCCAGUUUUGUGCAAGAGUUUGCGUCGCCACCGGCGGACGGUAUCUCAUUGUUGUUGGAGACACUGCGUAGCGUCCAGCUAUCCCAGUCGACGCCGCCCUCGGCUACGGGCAGCAGUCGUAGACCUCGAGCUCGUAGAGCCGCGCUCGACGAGUUGGGAUGCGUCGAGUGUUUGGCUGCUUGCACGGAAAGGUGUCCCGACGCGGCGAGGAUACUGGCUCAAGUGCAGCCUGGGCUCUUGGCACUGGCCGUAUGUCUCACCAGUAGCUUGAACAGGACCCGCGUGCUUGCGCUACAGCUGUUGACGAGGGUGUGCGCGACGAGCGGCGGCCACGCGGCCGUCUCGGAGGCAGUGUCGACCCUCCGUCUGCGGUACGGCGAGGGCGGCCGUUUCCGCUUCCUCGCGGGCGCCCUACUGGCUCCAAAAGCCGCGCCGGCGCUGCGGCUGGCGGGGGUGUCGUUUCUGAACGCGUUCAUCGGCUCGGCGCCCCGGACCCAAGCGAAGCUCUACAUCCAGGCGGAGACCUGCGAGGCCGGCCUCGAGCCCAGGAUCCUCCAGGAGUGGCUGAGGCAGCCCGACCCCGCCGCGGACGCGUACGACGAGCACGACGAAACGGGGGGCCGGCCCCUGGGGGAGCUGCUGAGGGAGGAGGUGGGCAAGUGGUCGAGGCACUGCGUCGACGUAGACGCGCUCCAGCUGCGCGCGAGAAUAGCCGAGGAGAGCUGCCGGGCGUUGACCAAAAAGGUCGCGGUGCUGCAGAGGCAACUCCAAAUCCUCCAACUGGAGAGGAUGAACGAGCACAACCCGCGAGUGGAUGUGGAUAAAAAAAUAUCGUCGAGCGCGGAGGACGAGGGUAUCAGCUUCUCCGAGAGGUCCAGCAGCCCCGUGGACCCCAAGCCCCGACGUGCGACCAACAACAAUCAAAUGGACAACGACCAGGAGACGACGAUCGACGACGUCAUCGAGGAACUGCGGAUAAUCGUCAAGGAUGCGGAGGAGGAGUUGCACGACUGGAACCAGCUGAGCAGCAAGAACAACGCGCCGAGGUCGGGCUUAUUUUCGGAAGAGGCGGCACCGAGUACCAAGGGAAUCAAGAACGGGCUGCCCAGCAAAGCCAGGGUCUGCCUGAGAAAUAGCGAGGAGAACGCCCGGUUGGACCGAGACUUGAAAAAGACGAGCUUGAAGAUCCUCGUGCCUGGAGCGAAAAUCAAAAAUAGGGACAUAUUGGACGUGGAUAUAGAAGCGAGGAAUGGUCACGAGGAUGAGGACAAAGAAUCCGUCAUAGUACCGGCGAUAAUCCAUCCCCAGCCCCCGAGACGCGCCGCGGGCAGUUGCCAGCUUCUAUUGUCCCACCGGUAUCAAACGGCGGAUCAUCAUUACCCGCAAGACAUCGAUCACCACCAGGGCAUAAUGAUCGAGGCCUGCGUUGACUCGGACCCCGACGAACAGGAUCUCUUACUGAUGGCCAGGGACAACGUCGACGACGAGGAUGACGACGACAUCAUAGACGACGGCAGCGAUUCACUUCUCAGCGCCUCGAGGCUCGACAACAAUUACCAUCACUGUCAGCAAGACGGCCGCCGUCGUCACCAGAGCCGCCGGUCGUUGGACACCAGUGCGACCGCCGAGUUGAAGCUGGAGAGUCUGGCGGACUUUGAGAUAUCCGAGAGCGUGUUCGACGAGUUGCGGGUGGCCAAGCGCAGCAGCAGCCACCCGCGCGCCGCCGAGCCCGGGAACAACAACUCCGUCCGACCCCUGCACCCGCGCUGCUCCAACACGGUCCAGAGGCGCACCGAGCGCCGGAAGUACUUGCGCCGCUGCCAAAGCCAGGACCACAUAAGGGAGCCCCGCCAAGCCGACGAAUCCACCUGCAGCCUCAAGUCCCUCAGGGGCUCGGGUAGGGUCGUUCUGGAGCAGAUCCGCAAGUUCGAGAGCCUCAACGGGCUGGAGGAGCGCGACCAGCAGCCCGUCCUACGCAGGUCCGAGUCGUUCCACCAGACGCGCCUCUCGCCGACGCCCCAGGCAGGUGGCGAGGGCCGCGAGCGCCACCAGAGAUCCAUGACCAAAAGCUUGGACCGGAUAGACGAGGCUCGCUCGAGUCACGCGGGAAAGAACGUCGAGAAGAGGCGCAAGUUGUCGGCCAGCGACGAGCGCCACAAGGACGAUCGUCGGCGUAAACAGCGGAGUGUGGCCGACGACUACGCGAAGCGCAAGUACCGGGUUGCCGAGGAUGCCAAGUACACGUCCUUUUUCGAUGGUAGCGGCGGCAAAAAGCAGAGCUCCGGCCGGGAUUACCGGCAGCCGAGUGACCCGAAAAUAUUCGCCAAUCGGGCCCACGACGUCCUCGGGUUCGGCAAAAACCGCUUCAACGCGGGAAAGUACUCGGGAAGCAGCGGCGCCCAUCACGCGCUGCAAACACCGCCCCAGCAGUUUCACGCUUCAAAGUUGGCGCCGAGGCACGCCACCUCCUCGUCGUCGACGGCGCUCAAUGCGCGGAACAAAGUGACCGACGUCGUGUCCGGGCUUUACUAAAAUCAUAUACAACUACGUUAUGUUUCGUACGCGCAAAUUAAUAUGUUUACAAGUAUCCGCAAUGCAUCAAAGUGGAGUUGCGAAUUUAUUAAAUUAUAAAUCUCGUAUCACCAAUAAUGAUGAUGUAUAUGUACAACUUUUGGGGACUCUCAGUGCAAUAUAUAUAUAUACAUUUAUAUAUAUAUAUAUAUAUAGAUUUAUAUAUCUCGAUUUAUAUACAUAUAUAUUUAUUAUUCGGUCGUUACAUUUAAUGUAAUUCCUCAUUGAUGAUUUCUUCCCAGGAUUUGUUCUUUAUUAUUGUUGUUGGAUGAUAGUAUUCCAGUUGGCAUGACUCGUGUGUGCAACGUGCGCGUUGUUUGCUUGGUUAUACGAAAAUAUACGAGUUUACGUGGUAAAGUGUUCAUUUUAUUGUGCAUCAGAGAGUUAUUGACAUU